AUGCCGUAUUUCACCUCCAGCACCGACGGCGCACGCCUCCACUACGUCGAAUAUCGUCCAGCACGCACCGGCCCCAACGCACCGGCGCGGUUCGCGGCGACAAGCGACUCAACGAAAGACUUCAGCGCGGACGACCAGGUGACGCUUGUGUUCAUCCAUGGCUGGCCCAUGUCGCAUCGCAUGUACGAGCAUCUGCUGCUGCGGCUGAGCGAGACGCAUGGCGUGCGCUGCGUCGCGAGCGAUCGGCGUGGCUUCGGCGACAGCGAGUGGAGCGGUGCCGGUGGAAACACCGGUCCCAUCACGUACGACACCUUCGCGCAGGACACGGUGGAUUUUCUCUCGACUGUAUUCCAGGCGAGCAGUGAUAACCAUGGAUCGUUCUACUUCGUCGCGGCGAGCAUGGGCUGCGGCGAGACGGCGCUGGCGUACCAUCUCCUCGGCAGCUCGCCGGCGUUGCAGCGGCGAUGCCGCGGCUUCAUCUGGCUGGGAGCCAGCCUGCCGCUUCCCCUGAAGACGGACGCGAACCCGACCGCGCCGCCGCGUGAGCUCUGGGACGCCAUCCUCCAGGGAUUCCGCGAUGAUCGCGUCGGGUUCACGCGCGCGGCGAUCCCGGGUGUCUUUGGUGAGACUUUCAAUAUCGGCAUCGAGCUGCAGCCUACGGUCAAGAAGCGUUUUGAGAGCAUGGUGGAGAGGGCUGAUGCCCUUGCGCUCGAGAGGUGUGUUCAGAUUAUCACCGGUACGGACCUCACCGAGGUGGUUAGGAGGUUGGAUGGGCUGGAUGUCAAGAUCUUGGUCGUCCAUGGGGAUAAUGAUCAGAGCAUGCCCGCUGAAAGCAGCGCAUGCAUCAUCCCAACCCUCGCAACCCAGGCCCAGGUCAAGAUCUACAAGAACGCGGCGCAUGGGUUGUACCUCACGCAUGCCGACCAGGUGUUGGAAGAUAUCUUCGCCAUCGUAUUCGGAAAGUGA